GGCCCUUGUUGUCCCUGGGCCUGCGUCUCCCCUGGGCGGCCAGGCGCGGGUCCGUCCGGGCCUCGCCUUCUUCCCCCUCCCUCCCUCCCUCCCUCCCUCACCAUGGCGGCCUUCGGGAUACUCAGCUACGAGCACCGGCCCCUCAAGCGGCCGCGCCUGGGGCCGCCGGACGUGUACCCGCAGGACCCCAAGCAGAAGGAGGAUGAGCUCACAGCUCUCAACGUGAAGCAGGGUUUCAACAACCAACCAGCUGUCUCUGGGGAUGAGCAUGGUAGUGCCAAAAAUGUCAAUUUCAAUCCCGCCAAGAUCAGUUCCAACUUCAGCAGCAUCAUUGCUGAGAAACUGCGCUGCAACACGCUUCCCGACACGGGCCGCCGGAAACCACAGGUGAACCAGAAGGAUAAUUUCUGGCUUGUGACAGCGCGUUCCCAAAGUGCUAUCAACAACUGGUUCAACGACCUCGCUGGGACGAAGCCUCUCACCCACCUGGCUAAAAAGGUGCCCAUCUUCAGUAAGAAGGAGGAAGUCUUUGGCUACCUGGCAAAGUACACCGUGCCCGUCAUGAGGGCAGCCUGGCUGAUCAAGAUGACCUGUGCGUAUUACGCGGCCAUCACGGAAACCAAGGUGAAGAAGCGGCACGUCAUCGACCCGUUCAGUGAGUGGACGCAGAUCAUCACCAAGUUCCUGUGGGAGCAACUGCAGAAGAUCGCCGACUUCCACCGGCAGCUGCUCACCCAAAGCUGCGGCUCCCCGCCCGGCAUCAUGCCCCAGGAAGUGGAGCACUGCGUGAAGCAGUGGGAUUACAACGAGAAGCUGGCCAUGUUCAUGUUCCAGGACGGGAUGCUGGAUCGCCACGAAUUCCUGACCUGGGUCCUCGAGUGCUUCGAGAAGAUUCGGCCAGGCGAGGAUGAGCUCCUGAAGCUGCUCUUGCCACUGCUGCUGCAGUAUUCGGGGGAGUUUGUGCAGUCGGCCUACUUGUCCAGGCGCCUGGCCUACUUCUGCACCCGCCGGCUUGCCAUCCUGCUGGACAGCACCGGUGGACACUCCGCGCACCACCUCACGGGGCAGGCGGCCCCGACCCUGCCGCCCACCCCCAACCCCCAGCCGGCCGGGGGGAGCCAGCCGCCCAGCCCCUUCAGCGACCUGCUGCUCUGCCCCCAGCACCGCCCUGUGGUGUUCGGGCUGAGCUGCAUCCUCCAGAGCAUCGUCCUGUGUUGCCCCAGUGCCCUCGUCUGGCAUUACUCCCUCACCGACAGCAGAAUAAAGACUGGCUCUCCGCUCGACCACCUGCCCAUCGCCCCCUCCAACUUGCCCAUGCCUGGGGUCAACGCCGGCUUCAUGCAGCAGGUCCGGGCGAAGCUCCGAGAAAUCGAGCAGCAGGUCAAAGAGCGAGGCCAGGCGGUGGAGGUGCGCUGGUCCUUUGACAAAUGCCAGGAAGCCACUGCAGGAUUCACGAUUGGCCGAGUGCUGCACACCCUGGAGGUCCUGGACAGCCACAGUUUUGAGCGCUCGGACUUCAGCAACUCUUUGGAUUCCUUGUACAACAGAAUAUUCGGGGCAGGGCCAAGCAAAGACAGUCACGAGAUCUCCCCUGAUGACGACGCCGUCGUGGCACUGCUGUGUGAAUGGGCGGUCAGCCACAAGCGGUCCGGGCGCCACAGGGCGAUGGUCGUGGCCAAGCUGCUGGAGAAGCGGCAUUCGGAGAUUGAGGCAGAGAGGUGUGGGGACUCCGAAGUGGUGGACGAAAAGGGCUCCAUUUCCUCGGGCUCCCUCUCCGCAGUCAGCGCGCCCGUCUUCCAGGACGUCCUCAUGCAGUUCCUGGACACGCAGGCGCCGGUGCUAACCGACCCCAGCAAUGAGAACGAGAAGGUCGAGUUCUUCAACCUGGUCUUGCUUUUCUGCGAGCUGAUCCGGCACGACGUCUUCUCGCAUAACACGUACAUGUGCACGCUCAUCUCCCGCGGCGACCUGGCCAUCGACCACGGGCCUCGCCCCCCCUCGCCCUUCGACGACACUGCCGAGGAGCACGACCGUAAGGAGAGCGGUGGCGGCGGCAGCAUCAAGCUGGAGGACACGGGCCUCUCGGAGUGCCAGAUGGACAUUGACCACAAUUCCAGCGUGAUCUUCGAUGACAUGGAGAAGACAGAUUUCUCGAUGUUCUCUCCUCCCAUGCACUGCGAGUCCAAAGCCAGCCCUUCCCCUGAGAAACUGGAUCCCGACAAGGAAGGCAAGCCUCUUCCCAAGGACCGGGUGGCGGACGGGAUGUUGGCAUCGCUGUACGAGCAGCCCCGGCACAUCCAGUACUCCACCCACUUCCCCAUCCCUCAGGAGGAGUCCAGCAGCCACGAGUGUAACCAGCGCCUGGUGGUCCUCUUUGGUGUUGGGAAGCAGCGUGACGAGGCCCGGCAUGCCAUCAAGAAGAUCACCAAAGACAUCCUGAAGGUGUUAAACAGGAAGAGCACAGCAGAGACAGGGGGAGAGGAAGGGCAGAAAAGGAAGAGGAACAAGCCGGAGGCCUUCCCGACUGCCGAAGACAUCUUUGCCAAGUUCCAGCAUCUGUCUCAUUUCGACCAGCACCUUGUCACCUCUCAGGUAUCUCGCAACGUCUUGGAGCAGAUCACCAGCUUCGCCUUAGGGAUGUCGUACCACCUGCCCCUGGUGCAGCACGUCCAGUUCAUCUUCGACCUGAUGGAGUAUUCCCUCAACAUCAGCGGGCUCAUUGACUUUGCCAUCCAGCUGCUGAACGAGCUGAGCGUGGUGGAGGCCGAGCUGCUGCUGAAGUCCUCCGACCUGGUGGGCAGCUACACCACCAGCCUGUGCCUGUGCAUCGUGGCCGUCCUGCGCCACUACCACUCCUGCCUUCUGCUCAACCAGGACCAGAUGGCCCAAGUCUUCGAAGGGCUUUGUGGGGUGGUGAAGCACGGCAUGAACCGUUCCGAUGGUUCUUCUGCGGAGCGCUGCAUCUUGGCCUACCUCUAUGACCUCUACACAUCAUGCAGCCACCUCAAGAGUAAAUUUGGGGAGCUGUUCAGUGACUUCUGCUCCAAGGUGAAGAACACCAUCUACUGCAAUGUGGAGCCGUCGGACUCAAACAUGCUGUGGGAGCCCCUCUUCAUGAUCGACACCAUCGAGAACCCCUCAGCACACAACUUCACCUACACCAGCCUGGGCAAGAGCCUCACGGACAACCCGGCCAACCGCUACAGCUUCGUGUGCAACGCCCUGAUGCAUGUGUGCGUGGGGCACCAUGACCCCGACCGGGUCAACGACAUCGCCAUCCUGUGCGCCGAGCUGACGGGCUACUGCAAGCUGCUCAGCGCGGAGUGGCUGGGCGUGCUGAAGGCCCUGUGCUGCUCCUCCAACAACGGCACCUGUGGCUUCAACGACCUCCUCUGCAACGUGGACGUGAGUGACCUUUCCUUCCACGACUCCCUCGCCACCUUUGUGGCCAUCCUCAUUGCCCGCCAGUGUCUCCUCCUCGAGGACCUGAUCCGCUGCGCUGCCAUCCCCUCCCUGCUGAAUGCUGCCUGCAGCGAGCAGGACUCGGAGCCCGGAGCCCGCCUGACCUGCCGGAUCUUGCUGCACCUUUUCAAGACCCCGCAGCUGAACCCCUGCCAGCAAGACAGCAGCAAGCCCUCCGUGGGCAUCCGCUCCUCCUGCGACCGGCACCUGCUGGCUGCCUCCCAGAACCGAAUUGUGGACGGAGCUGUCUUUGCCGUGCUGAAAGCUGUCUUUGUCCUGGGGGAUGCCGAACUGAAGUGCUCAGGCUUUUCCCACCCGGGAGGAGUGGACGACCUCCUGGAAGAUGACAAGAAGCCCGCAAGCCGGAUGGUCUCCAUCGAGACGGCCAGCCUGGACAUUUACGCCAAGUACGUCCUCAGGAGCAUCUGCCAGCAGGAGUGGGUGGGCGAGCGGUGCUUGAAAUCCCUGUGUGAAGACAGCAACGACCUGCAGGAUCCCGUCCUGAGCAGCACGCAAGCCCAGCGGCUGAUGCAGCUGAUCUGUUACCCGCAUCGGCUGCUCGACAGCGAGGAGGGCGAGAACCCCCAGCGGCAGCGGAUCAAGCGCAUCCUGCAGAACCUGGACCAGUGGACGAUGCGGCAGUCGCUGCUUGAGCUGCAGCUGAUGAUCAAGCAGACGGCAAACAACCAAGAGAUGAACUCCCUGCUGGAGAACAUCGCCAAGGCCACCAUCGAGGUCUUCCAGCAGUCCGCCGAGACCAGCUCUGCCAGCAACGGCAUCGCCAGCCUGGGCGGCUCCACACACCUCGUGCCACCCAGCACCAAGGCCAAGCCCAUCCUCAGCUCCCUGGAGCGGUCCGGCGUGUGGCUGGUGGCCCCGCUCAUUGCCAAGCUGCCCACCUCCGUGCAGGGCUACGUGCUGAAGGCCGCCGGGGACGAGCUGGAGAAGGGGCAGCACCUCGGCUCCUCGUCCCGCAAGGAGAGGGACCGCCAGAAGCAGAAGAGCAUGUCCCUGCUGAGCCAGCAGCCGUUCCUGUCCCUGGUCCUGACCUGCCUGAAAGGCCAGGACGAGCAGCGCGAGGGACUCCUCACCUCACUGUACAGCCAGGUCCAGCAGAUUGUGACCAACUGGCGGGAAGAGCAGUACCAGGAUGACUGCAAAGCCAAGCAGCUGAUGCACGAGGCACUGAAGCUGCGCCUGAAUCUGGUGGGGGGCAUGUUCGACACGGUGCAGCGCAGCACCCAGCAGACCACCGAAUGGGCCGUCCUGCUCCUGGACAUCAUCAGCAGCGGCACCGUCGACAUGCAGUCCAACAACGAGCUCUUCACCACCGUCCUGGACAUGCUGAGCGUCCUCAUCAACGGCACACUGGCUGCAGACAUGUCCAGCAUCUCGCAGGGCAGCAUGGAGGAGAACAAGCGGGCCUACAUGAACCUGGUCAAGAAGCUCCGGAAGGAGCUGGGUGACCGGCAGUCCGACAGCCUGGAGAAGGUGCGCCAGCUGCUCCCGCUGCCCAAGCAGACCCGGGACGUGAUCACCUGCGAGCCGCAGGGCUCCCUCAUCGACACGAAAGGCAACAAGAUCGCCGGGUUUGACUCCAUUUUCAAGAAGGAGGGCUUGCAGGUCUCCACUAAGCAGAAGAUUUCCCCCUGGGACCUCUUUGAGGGCCUGAAGCACUCUGCCCCGCUCUCCUGGGGCUGGUUCGGGACCGUGCGGGUGGACCGCAAGGUGUCGCGCUUCGAGGAGCAGCAGCGGCUGCUGCUCUACCACACGCACCUGAAGCCCAAGCCCCGCAGCUACUACCUGGAGCCGCUGCCCCUGCCCCCCGAGGAGGAGGAGCCCCCAACGCCCGUUGCCCUGGAGCCGGAGAAGAAGGUGGUGGAGCCGGCCAAGGUGGAGAAGGCCACCACCAACACUGGCAGCGCCACGGCCGAGCCCAAGAAGAAGGCCAACAAGAGCAAGAAGCGGGCUCAGGCGGCCAGCAAGAACGAGGACUACCUGAGCACAGGCCGUGGGGUGUCCUACGGAGCUGGCAUGCCCACCGACCUCCUGCACCAUCAGGCGGGGAACUCCAUGUCCCGGCUGGCCUACGGGCAGUCCUCCGUGGGGCUCUAUGCGCAGAACCAGCCGCUGCCAGCAGGUGGCCCUCGGCUGGACACCUCUUACCGGCCCGUGCGCAUGCCGAUCGGCAAACUGGUCCCCAGCCGCCCCCCUUACACCGGGGUCUUGCCGGCAGGCAUGGGCAGCAUGAUCGGGAUGGACCCCUCCUACAAGACCGCCGUCUACAGGCAGCAGCCGCCCAUCCCACAAGGGCAGCUGCUUCGCCAGCAGCUGCAGGCCAAGCUGCAGGGCCAGGGGAUGCUGGGGCAACCGCCUGUCCGCCAGAUGGCCCCCAACCCGGCCUAUGGAGCUGUGCAGCCGUCCCAGGGCUACACCUCCUACGUCUCGCCCGUGGCCCUCCAGCAGCACCCCUCGCAGCCCAGCGCCAUGAUCCCCCACACCUACGCCAGCCCGAGCUACCAGAACACGCACCCCAGCUCCAGCCCCGCCUUCGUCGACCCCGCCAGGCCCAUGCAGCGGCCCAGUGGCUACGUGCACCAGCAGGCUCCCAGCUACGGCCACACGCUGAGCGCCGCCCAGAGGUUCCCCCAUCAGUCGAUGCCGCAGACGCCCAUGAUGAGCGGGAUAAACCACAUGAGCACCCCGGGCGUCCCGUCGGGGAUUCGGCCCAGCCCGCUCCUGCCGGACCAGCAGCAGCAGCAGCAGCAGUACCUGCGGCAGCAGCAGCAGCAGCAGAUGCUGAGGGUAAGUGGGGCAGGCCCCCAGCUGCCUCCGCUCGCUGGCAGCGCCCCCGUGGCACUCUGCCGCCUCCUUGGCCCUUGCCAGUGCAGAUCACUGCCGAGGUCUAUCCCUUCCCUUUUUCCAGCUUUCUGGUUCUUCUCUGUAUGGAAGGGUUGCUGUUCUUUCAGGAAUAUUUUUCAGCCUCUCUCCAAUUAAAAUGUAAUUGAAAAAAAACCCAAACAAACCCUCAAAGCCACAAAAUAAUAAAAGCAGCACUGAAACAGCCAGCAAUAAAAAUUGUUUCUACAACAUUUGUGAGCGUGAAAGGCUCUUUGCUGGGUGCUGAAAGGGCAAUGCUGCGGUCCCAGACAAGCUACUCCGGGGGAGAGCACUUGGCAAUUGUGCUUCCACCACGGAGCAGGGGAGCAGGCCUCUGCUCCCCACCCGCUUCACAUUAGGAGUUGAGGCAGCUGCUGAAAACCUCCUGCUGAGAAUUCAGCAUACAGGUGCGUAUGUGUGUGCAGAGACAGGCAGUUCCUCAGAUAGCUUGGCCUGAAGUCAUGGAGGACUUCAGAGGACAAAACACAGCAUGUUAAGUUUUUUAUGCUUAUUAUAUUUAUGUCUCAGCUGUUCCCAGUGAUUGGGACUCAAGGUGGACUGCAGCAUUUGAAAUGUAUACAAAUAAAACGUUCAUAGAAAUAGACAAAGAUUAAAAUAUCAUUAAAUCAGUUAAGUAUUAAACUUGUACAGACUGCCCGCAUUAAGAGCAGUAAAAUAAUGUAGAAGAGCAGAACUAGUCUGGCGUGAGCUCACAGGCCUGGACCGUCCCCAGAUGCCUGUCUGGGCAGAGAAGCUUUUGCCUGCCUUCAGCAGCACACCAAGCAGGGAAGGCUCCAGCCGAACCUCCCUGGCAGAGGAAUUCCGCUUGAAUCGGAAACGGUCUGGGAACAGGGCAGCUGCCUCACUCUGGCUGCAGUUUCUGAACCGUCUUCCAAGGCAGCCCCGCAGGCGGCGCGUCGCAGUAGCGUGACUGGGAGGUUGCCAGAGCACAGGGAGUUGGGGCCUCGGCGGUGCUGGGUGGCGGGUUUGCCGCGGCCUCCCAGACCCUCGUUCAGAGCGGCCCGACCCAGGCAGCCCUCCGCAUUCUCUUGGUCUUGAUGUGUCUCGGGAGGGCACAUGGCUUCCUUUUGGGAGCAGUGGGUUCUUUUCUGCGUUAGAAAAGCAUUUUAUUGUUUUUAACCUCUUGUUGUGAAACCGCCCAGAGAGCUUUGGGUACGAGCAGUGUACAACUGUAGCAGCAACCGUUCGGUGCAGACACGCUUGGCUUGUGUGCCCAUCGACUUGCUUCCCAUAAUGACGACCCGGGGUUUUCAGUCUGAUUAAUCCAGCCACAAAGGGACUGUUGUCCCGUCCUGUCCUGUGACCUUUCCUGCACUCUGAAUACCCUGCGAUUUCCUGCUGCCUGUUUUCUCCCAUUCCCUCUUCCUCUGGUUACCUGUAUGUUUGCUUCUUUUGUUUCCUGUGGAUUCCUCUGUGUUUGUCUGUCUCUGAAAAGGCAAGAGCGCUUUUCACAUGCCCAUGCGCACACAGCACUUCUGAGCACAUGAACUGGGCCCGGUGCCUCCCCCGGAGCAUCAGGCUGUCUUGGCAGGGCAGUGACCUCGGUGUGCUCCCUUCGCCAUAUUAAAAGGCCAGUGCCUGGCUGGCCUCUUUUUUGAGGCUCUUUGUCACCAGGGUCCGGUUAGUGACAAAGGAAAGUUUUAUGUGUGGAUUGAAUGGAAACUUUGAGGCUGCAGCUUGAAAUGGCAUCUGGCGUCUCGUACGAAACGCUCUGGCAGCUUCCCCCAGCUGGUCACCCUGCGUUUCUUCCUCCCAGCUGCCCUUCUUGACCCUCUCCAAAGUUGAGGCUGCAGAGGAUGAGGAGGGUCGAGGAAGGCUGGUGGCAGGGAAUUUCUUGCCCCGCCAGCCAAGCUCUCCGGCCCAGUGCUCUGUCGCGUGCCGUGCGGCCCAG